UAAGAAACGAAAUGUCUUGAAAAGUUGAAGAUGGAUUUCAAUGUUGGUGUUUUUACAGAGAAAUCCUCAAUUUUAAUCGAUGGCGGUGAUCGCUUUGGUGUUUCUGCUAUUCAUUGGGAUUUCCAAGAAGAGCUUUUGUGGGUCGGUAACCAGGGAGGACAUGUCACCAGUUAUUAUGGCUCUUCUUUGCACAAAUACACAUCAUUCCAAGUUCACGCGUCACAAGAAGUUAGGCAUAUGGUUUCGUUGGAUGCCGGUUUACUAAUAAUAACUCCAAAUACUCUAAGAUGCCAGCAAAGAAGAGGUGUACCACUCUUCAGUUACAGUUCAAAUAAUUUUGAAGAUCUACAAUGUGUGCUACAGUUGGGACAAACAAAAGUUCUUCUUGGUGGUCAUCAACCACUUUUAGUGGAAUUUGACCUUAUCACAGCAAAGGAAACAACAAAGUUUGAUGUAGGAGAAAAAGGCUGUGCAAUUCUACGACAUCAUCCACGAUUUAUCUGCUCAGGUGAUGCCAGUGGCUCUGUAUCACUAAGGGAUCCUCGGACUUUACGAGAAGAACAUAGAUUCGUAGCACAUACGGAGAGCCUAUCAGAUUUUGAUGUUCACAAUAAUUUGGUCGUGACAUGUGGAUUUUCUUCCAGGCUAGGAGGAGUCGUUCCGGAUCGAUUUCUUAAAAUAUAUGAUGUGAGAAUGCUACGAUCACUUAGUCCGGUUUCAGUGGUGGGGGAACCCUUUUUACUAAGAUUUUUGCCAGCAUUCUCGUCCCAGCUGGCUGUUAUAUCUGCAAUGGGACAGCUACAAAUUUUGGAUGCGGCUGCCCCUGCUGCUUCAGCUCUGCAACUUUUCCAAGUGAAUAAUGAAGGUGCUAUGUGCAUGGCUCUUGAAGUUUCCUCCUCUUGCCAAUGCUUAGCUGUGGGAGAUGCCGGUGGAUAUGUGCAUACUUUCGCAUCGAACGCGUCUGCUUUAUUCAACAGCUUUUCUCGACCGACAGAAUUUGCCGAUCCUGUUGAAUCGCUUCCGGUUUCGAUAAGCAUGGACGACACAACAACGCCGUUCACUUCAAUCCCUUUUCCUUUGAAGUACAGUGAACCGCUAUUAUCAGACUGGCCCGAACAGUUUACACGCAGGAAGUUUCGAAAGGUUCCACCAAUUGACCAUGCCAUCCUAGCCAAUAUGCGCAUGGUUGGAACCAUUGGGUAUGCUCCAAGCCCAGCUGGUCACAGACCUAAUCAAGUGUCGUACUCAACUGAAAAACAAACACAGCGUGGUCAAAAACAUUCUGGAAGUGAUUCGACGCAUUCGAAAGAAGACACUGAAUGCUAUCAAGUUUGGAAACGUUACCGCCACAUCGAGAUGCGAUACACAAAAGGAGGGCUUGAUGAAAAUGAAUUGGCUCGUUACAAUUCCACUCCUCUCUGUGGUUUAGAUAACACACUUCCAUACUCGUAUGCAAAUUCGUUGUUGCAGGUAUUAUAUUUUAUUCCGGACUUGCGUCGUAUCCUGCUGGAACACUGUUGCAACCGCGAGUUUUGCCUUGCUUGCGAAUUGUCAUUCCUCUUUCACAUGUUAGAUGUUGGUAGGAAUCAAGAUCCGAAUGGCCAACCCGUUACAGUGCAACCGUCCAAUUUUCUUCGAGCUUUUCGUACUUUACCGGAAGCGUCCGCUAUGGGCCUUUUGGUGGCAGAGAAUCAUCCAGAAAUCAAAAUUAAAAGUACCCUUCCGCGUCUUGCUCAGAGCUGGGCACGGUUUAUCCUUCAGCAACUCAGCAGUGAAACUUUGCCCCAAAACAAAAUAGUUAAAGAAUCAGCCUUAAUAACUGUGGCUGGCUUAGUUGAACCCGAUAGAGAUGGUACGGAUUACUCGGUUAAAUGUGAAAGAGAUCUGUCACCGUCCGAAGAUGGUCACUCACCAGUUUCUCCCAUUUCCAAACUGUUCGGAGUGGAGCAAGAACAGACAAGCCGUUGCACAAAAUGCGGAAGUGAAACUUCUAAAACGUCUCUCGUCCUCCUAUCUUCGCUUACUCUUCAAGACUUGGAAGGUGUCCAGAGCUUCGAAAAUGUCCUCGAAAAAAGUUUUGACGUCACAAACGUUACACCGGCGUGGUGCGAUGUUUGUCAAAAGUAUCAAAUCACCCAACAAAGGAGACGAUGUCUUGCGCUACCACCAGUACUUGCGUUAUCUUGCGGAAACGAUACUUAUAAAGGCUUUAGGUUUUGGUCAGAUCAGCUUCAGUAUUUAUUAGAUCCCGAAGUAGCAGAUGGUUGCGAUUCUACAGAAAGCCAGUCUCAGCUUGGACAGGGAAAGCCGUGUAGGUAUGGGCUCGAAUGCACACGACCUAACUGCAAGUUUGGACACGGAGGGCAACCUAUGAAACACAGUGCAAGUUUUACAGGAAUAUCUUCAAAUCAUUGGGUACCUUCUGAACUGCAUUGUAAAGUUCAGCCAGAAGGAGGGCUGGUGUGUGUGAAACCAAACGAAAGCCCGGAUGAAUUCUUAUCGUAUUCUUUGGUGGCUGCUGUCUGUUGGAUCGACGAAUCAAAACUAGAAACAAAACAUCAAGGGAAGUGGCAUUUGGUUUCAACCGUACAAAUCCCUCCUGAUUAUUUAUCUCCUAAACGUCCGAAGGAAGAGCAUGAAUCCAGCAAUUGGUUCGUCUUUAACGAUUUUGCUGUAAACCCCAUUACUCCAGAUGAGGCUAUUUCUUUUUUUCCUGAUUGGAAGCUUCCUUGUUUACUGUUUUAUUCGAAGGACGUGGCGAAUGGAUUUCACUUAACAGAUCAUCCAAGUAAUCCAAUCACAGCAGACGUGUUCAAAGAGGACAAAUCCCUGGCUCAGAAGUCGGAGGGUUUACAAAGAAUCUCUUUUCUUCCACUGGCGACCGAUGAGAUGCCUGGUAAAGGAGAUUUAGUGGCAAUGGAUGCCGAAUUUGUAACUCUAAACCAAGAAGAGGCGGAAUUACGCAGUGACGGAAAAUCAACUACAGUGCGACCUAGUCAAAUGUCGGUUGCCCGCGUGACUGUUAUCAGAGGGGUACGCAGCAACGGUUUAUCUUGGACGAGUGUUGAAUAUCCGAGGCAAGGUAACAUGGAAGGUUUACCUUUCAUCGACGACUACAUCGCUACACAGGAUCAAGUGGUUGACUACUUGACCAAGUUUUCUGGAAUCCAACCAGGUGAUCUGGAUAUCGCCUCAUCGUCAAAACAUUUAACUACUUUGAAGUCUACAUACAUGAAACUCCGCUUCUUGGUUGAUAACGGCGUAACGUUUGUUGGCCACGGACUUAAGAAUGAUUUCAGGGUUAUAAACCUACUAGUACCUUCCAGUCAAGUGAUUGACACCGUCCAUUUAUUCCAUUUGCCCCAUCAGCGCAUGAUAUCACUUCGUUUUUUGGCAUGGCAUUUUCUUGAUUUAAAAAUCCAGUCCGUUACUCACGAUUCAGUGGAGGAUGCUCGAACCGCACUGCGCCUUUAUCGUCGCUAUCAAGAGCUAAAGGCUAAAGGCGACGAUUUUUUACAUGAAUCUCUUCAGGAAUUGUACAGUGUUGGGCGCCGGUUACAGUGGAUGGUUCCUGGCUUAGAUGAAGAAUAGAAAAAUGCUCAAAAUUUUAAUUCCUUUUUUCAGUCGCUAUUCAUUCAAUUGGUAGCUCUACCACAGAACUACCAAUAAUAAUAUUAUAAGAUUCUUUCAAGUACUGUAAUGUGUUCAAUACAGUGUUUCGCGAAGCUAUUUU